AACAGGAAAAGAAAAAGGAAAAGCCACGCGACGUGUAAUGAAACAACAUGGCUACUAAAAAGAAGCGGACUCCAAAUUCACAGAAUGACAGCUGGGUUGUCAUCGCCGCAGAUUCCGUAAUCAACACACAGAAGCACAACAGUGAUCCAGAUUUUGUCAGGCUGAGGAAUCCAUCUACAGGCGAGGCUUCUCUGUAUAUGUUUGGUAGUGGUGAUGUACAGCUGUAUGAGGUCAAAGCGUUUGAGGAAGACUUCCACUCCUGGUUUGUUGGACAGACUGUGCAGCGAGAUGGAAAACUCCUCUUUGUAACACCGAUGGAUCCCCUCUAUCUGAUUUUACCAUAUAUGAUUCAUUCUAGCAGAGAGGGGAAAUUUCAGCCUGUGAAUCAAGUUGUUAAGGAUGAGGAUUUUCCAGAGAGCUCCAGGCUGCUCCGUUGCUCAUGUUCCCUGAGUGCGUUGCAUAAUAUUGCAGAUGAAAAAGAGGUUGGUAGCCAAAAGUUUCAUCGCUACAGUCAGGAACGAACCCUGAACUGGUUAAAAAAGAAGGUAGAGAAAACAGUUGUUGCCCUGAAGAAGAAAAAUUUCUGCGUGGGAGAAGGAGUGAAAUCAACGACGUAUGUCCGAGUCAAGACCGAGUCAGACAACCAGGAUGAGGACUAUCUUCGCUAUGCUCAUGGUCUGAUAUCGGAGUACAUCAGUGAAGAACUAAGCAAAGUCCUCCUUAAACAUUUGGGAUUAACAGAGCUGAAAAGUCCAAAUGAAACAGAACCUCCCUCAAAGAAGCGGAAACUUUCAGACAAGCCAGUGGAGGCUGGAGAAGACUACACCAAAUUCAACAGUGCAGACUUUGCACGGAAACCACCUAAGAAGAUGACAACCGCUCAGAAAACUUUGGCUAAAGUGGACAAGACUGGCAUGAAGCCGAUGUCUUCUUUCUUUAGCCCGAAGACCAAAGCUGAAAAAAAGUGAAUAUCUUGUGCUUUUGGUUUGAUCAGACUCGCAUUUUGUAAUAAAGAGAAAGAAAUGU